CGUCGAUAAAUCAAAACAACACGAGGCAACUACAAUUUGAUAAAAUAAAAUCGUAUUGAUAUACUCUAUUGCACUAAAUAUGCGAUUAAAAUAUUCAAAAACUAUUUUGGAAGCUCAGGACACUGACAGCCCUGUGGCGGACGUGUGCUGGUCUCCGAACAAUGUGAAGUUGGCCGUGGCGACCGCGGAGCGGAUAGUGCUUCUGUUCGACAGAGACGGCGUGAGACGGGACAAGUUCAGCACCAAACCCUCGGACCCGGCCGCUGGGAAGAAAUCCUAUGUUAUUACUUGUUUGGCAUUCAGCGAGAACUCUGAAUUGCUCGGCGUGGCGCAGAGCGACAACAUGGUGUUCGUGUACCGAGUGGGCGCGGACUGGAGCGGCAAGAAGGUGAUCUGCAACAAGUUCCCGCUGACCGGCGCGCCGCUGCGGCUGCUGCCAGCGGAGCAGGGCUUCUUCACUGGCACCAGCGACGGCAAGAUACGUUCACUGGACUGCAAAACGAACAAGAGCUCUAGUUUAUGGUCGGCGGGCGCGUGUUGCGUGUCUCUGGCGAAGGGGAGCGGCCCUGAGGCGGCGCUGGCGUCGGGCCACGUGGACGGCACGCUCUACCUCAACGGGAGACUGCUGCUGCGGUACGCUCUGCCGCCCACAGCCCUAGUACUGAUGACACCUUACCUGAUAGUGGGAUCCUGCGAUGGUCGCAUAGCCAUGUACGAGGCACAGCGUGGAGCUCUCGUACGGAACUUGGAGCCGACGCUGCCGCCCGACAGAAGAGACCUCAUCUCCGCCUCUUUGAGUCCUUCUGGACAGACGCUAGCCUUCGGGAUAUUCGACGGGUGUCUGAUAGGCGAGGUGAAGGAGUCGGGUGGCAUAGAGCUGAGCACCCUGAGCGUAGCCAAUCUGUACGCGUGUCGAGCGCUCGCGUGGAGCGGAGACGGCACGAAGCUCGCUGUGGCGUCGCAGACGGGAGCGGUGCUACAGUUUGAAGCUGUUCUUAGACGCUGGGUGUGGCGCGACACGGUGUCGGUGCAACACGUGAGCGCGCGCCAGCUGCUGCUGUCGCGGUUGGCCGACGACGCGCCACCGCUCACCGUCACCACCAAGCGAGCACCCGACAUCUUCAACGUGCGAUUUAUUGGCAAUGACUGGUAUGCGGUGUGCCGGACGAGUAACAGUCUCAUACUCUGCGACAUUGCUCAUGGGUUGACUAGUGAGAUCCCGUGGAGCGGCAGUGGUGAAAGGAUCUACGCAGCAGUGGGCGGGGCUUGUCUCUUGCAUCGUGCGGGGGAGCUCAGCGUGGUAGAGUACGGACUCGAUAAAGUGUUGCAUACGGUGCGUACAGAACGCGUGAACCCGCACGUACUGAGCGUGCGCAUCAACGAGGGGCAGAAGGUCGAGGGCCGAGAGCGGAAGCACCUCGCCUAUCUGCUGGACAGGCAGACUAUUGCUGUCGUUGAUCUCGUUACUGGUAUUCAGUUAGGACAGUGGUGGCACGAAGCUCGCGUGGAUUGGCUGGAACUGAAUGAGAGUGGUCAUUUGUUAUUGUUGCGCGACACGCGGCGACGUCUUGCGCUGCUGCGACUGGAUAGUGGAGAAAAGGAAAUAGUGGCAAGUGGAGUCACUUUUGUGCAGUGGAUAGAAAACAGCGAUGCAGUUGUUGCACAAACACCCACUCACUUGCUGAUUUGGUACAGCGCAUGGGAGCCCCAGUGCGUGGAGAUGGCGGAAUGUGGCGGCGGCGCUGCAGUGCAAGUGUCUGCGCGCAAGGUGUUGUUGGAAGGCGGCCAGCUGCCGAGUGUGCAGCUGGAUGAGCAUCGCCUGGCAUUUAACUCAGCUCUCCGGAGUGGAGACCUGGACGGCUGCGCCCGAUACUUGGACACGGUAGCCAGCAGCGCCGAUGUGGCGCCGCUGUGGCGACAGCUGGCCGAGCAGGCGCUGGCUAAUGACGACAUACAGCUGGCAGCUCGAUGUUACCGGGAAGUGGGCGAUGAAGCACGGACUUACUAUUUGCUGAAAAUUGUGGAGCUAGCGACUGAUGAAGGGAGUGGAGACGUAAUUGAAGGCUUCAAUAGUCCAAAAGUCCGUGCACAGUUAGCCAUAUUCGCUGGUGACUUGUCUACCGCAGAAGAGUGCUACGUCCGCAAGGCUGGUCAGCCGGAGUUAGCAGUAAACAUGUACAAGCAAUUCAAGCGAUGGACUGAGGCCAUUGCGCUAGCUGAAAAAACUGAUCGAGCUACAGCGGUCACUUUGAAGCAGCAAUAUAUGGACUAUCUAACAACUACUGGUCGUCUAGGAGAAGCCGGUGCGGUGCUAGCAGCGAACGGUGACAUCAAAGGCGCCGUGCGACUCUGGCUGCGAGGCGGGCGCGCGCGGCGGGCCGCUGCACUGCUGCUGCACCACCCGGCGAUGCUGCGCGACGAUGAGAUGCUGCACGCAGUGCACGACCAGCUCGUGCAGGAGGAAUGGUGGGAAAUGGCCGGAGAAAUUUCAGAGCGCAAAGGAGACAGCAGGACCGCAGUGGAAUACUACGCCAAAGGAAAUAAUUAUGCAAGGGCGGUUCAGCUUGCACGAGAGACCUGUCCAGGGGAAGUGACUCGUUUGGAAGGUGAGUGGGGCAGCUGGCUGGUUUCGUGUCGUCAGGCCGGGGCAGCUGUGCCCCAUCUCAUCGAGGCGGGGCAGACGGUCGAUGCCCUGACCGCUGCUCUCAAAGCGCACCAUUAUCGGAAGGCAUUGCAGAUUGUGCAGGUCAUAGAUGACAAGGAAGCCAUUCGUGAGCAGUGUGAGCAGCUGGGUGAUCACUUCAUAUCUACCCAGGAAUGGGAUACAGCUGAACGCGUAUUAACAUCAUGUGGGAUGGCUGAGAGAUGCGUGCGCGCAUACAACACCGCAGGGAAGGUCUCCGAAGGUCUCCGCCUGGCCGCCGCUCACUUGAGCGAAGAGCAAACGAGAGAUAUCUACAUACCACUAGCUCAGCAGUUACGACAAGAGGCUCAGUUGCGGAAGGCGGAGCAGAUAUACAUCGGCCUCGGUGAUCCGGACGAAGCGAUAUCUAUGUACAAGGAUGCAUCUCAGUACGAAGCAAUGCUGCGAUUAGUAGCCGCUCAUCGUGGGUCCUUACUCGAGGCGACUAGGCGACACGUGGCGCAAGCAUUGCAUGCUUCCGGUGACCUGCGAGCUGCUGAGAACUAUUACAUACAAGCUGGUGAUUGGAAGAGUGCAAUCCAAAUGUACCGGUCGAGCGGUCAGUGGGAGGGCGCGGAGCGGGUGGCGCGCGCGCACGCUCCGGCCGCCGUGCAGCAGCAGGUGGCGCUGCAGUGGGCGGCUGCGCUGCCCGCCGCGCCCGCCGCCCGCCUGCUCGCCGUGCGCGGGCUGGCGGCGCUGGGCGCCAGGUGGGCUCUGCAGGCGCAGAGGUGGGAUAUCGCAAUGGAACUCAGUGAACUGGGAGGAGGGAUCACAAAGAGGGAAGUAGCGAGGCACGAAGCGGCCGCGUUGGCGGAGGAUCGCCCUGAGGACGCAGAGGCGGCGUUCUUGAGAGCUUCCGCCGCUGAAGAUGCUGUACGAAUGUGGCUCUCAAAGGGUCACCAUCAGAGGGCGUUGGUCUUGGCUGAACAACACGCUUCGCAUAUGGUUGAGGAAGUACUGAUAGAAGGUGGACGCGCGGCCGCUGAAAGAGGUGAUCUGAUACAAUUUGAAGCGCUCAUGAUCCGAGCCAAUAGACCUCGAGAAGUGGUCCAGCAUUAUAAGGAUCUUGAACUGUGGGAGGAGGCGGCGCGAGUGUCGCGCGAAUACUUGCCGGACAGCGCGGAGCCGGUGCCGCCCUCUGUGCCGCCGCUGCUGCAGCGAGCUGCCGACCACGCCGACCGGGGUGAGUGGUGGGAAGCAGUCCAGCUGUUGUUGACGGCGAGUGCGGCGGGUGCGGCGGGGGGUGCGGAGAGACUGGCCGAGCGCGCCGCACUCAGAGCCGCGCGGCUGGCCAGAGACCGGCUGCGCGGGUCACAGCGGCGGAGUGCUGCCAACAUGUUGUCUGACACAUUUGCUUCAAUUGGACAAAGCGAGGUUGGCGAGCAACUUAAAGCUGCCCUCACUGAAGGCAUUGAAGACGACGCUGUACCAGGAACAUCAACAGAUUACGUUGAAGAAGAAGAAGAAGUAAAGUCUCAAGCUGUUGUUGAAGAAAGUGACUCAGAGUCAGCAGCGCUGGAGAAGUUGGCUCGAGCUGGACACUGGCAGAGGUGUCUGGCACAUGCGGGCGCGAGAGCUCCACAUUACGCUUUCAGAUACGUGGCGCAUUUGUUCAAGACUCAUUCGCGCAUGGAAGGCGUGGACAUUGAAAGCGAUGACGUGCCAGAGGUUUUGUCACAAGCUUUAGACACGUUACGCCAAUACCUCAGCGAAGACAGCGCUCUUGUAUCCAGCAGCGAUGCGCCGCUAGCGAAAGCUGUCUGCAGCGAAAUUUUGGUGCGAAUGUCUACAGCACCCAAAGCUUUUGGAGCCAUGAAAGAUGCUGGAGUCGUGAUGAUUGCUGCUGGCGCUGAUGAAAGAGUUUUGCAGGCUCUCACACUGUUGAUGGGUCUGCACGUGCCACAAAUUGCAUCCAAAGUCGCGCGGGCUCUGCCUCGGUACACCGACAUCAUUGUUGCAGACGUUGCAUUUUACGCGUGUGGGGAGGCUAUCCGUGCUGAAGGCUCGAGCGGCGCGCGCGAGGCGUUCGUCAUGCUCAACCAUUGCCUUGAUCUGGCUGAGGCGGCUGAUGAGGAUUCAGUGCACCUCCUGGAUUAUACUGAUUUUGAGUGCACGGACUGGGCGCGAACUCCGUUGGUGUUGGACAGCGCGUGCGUCCGCGGCGCGCCGCUGGACGCUCUGCGAGACUGGGUGCUGGCCGUGUCUAUGGAUCAGCAGGUCGAACAGACACUGCCAGUGGAUGGUCGCGGCAAGUACAGUUCUUUCGUCGGUGACGACGAACCAUUUUGUGUGCUGACCGGCUUCCAGCUGGCGUCUCGACUCGUCACUUUUACUAAUGGUCGGUGCGCGAACCGCGAGUGGUGGUCGCGCGUGUCGCACGCGGCCCGCAGCGGCGCCGCGCCGGCCGCGGCCAUCUUGCAGCACGUCACCAAGUGGUGUGGACCGGCCGACUACUCGCAUAUUUAACAAUAGCAGAACUUCACAAAUUCACUUGCGUAGUUGCCAUGUAAAGUAAUAUAUAUAAAUACUAGCGAAUUAUUAAUUUAUUUAUUUGCACUCCCUUCCCUAUCCCUAUCCCUGCCUUACACUACCCUACUCCUACCUCUACAACCUACCCGUACCCUACCUCUACUCUACCCCUACCCUACCCUACAACUACCCUACCGCUACCCUACCCCUAUACCAUAAACCUACCCUACCACUACCCUAGCCUACCCCUACCCUACCGCUACCCUACCCCUACCCUAUCCCUAUACCAUACCCUUACCCUACCACUACCCUACCCUAGGAUUUAGGGGUUUGAAAAACAAAUGUUGGCCGAUUCUCAGACCUACUGAAUAUGCACAAAAAAUUUCAUCAAAAUCGGUCAAGCCGUUUCGAAGGAGUAUGGCAACGAAAACUGUGACACGAGAAUUUUAUAUAUCAGAUAGUCUAUGUUACUCCUUGAUUAACCUAUAGCUUUAUACCUAUUGGUAUUUUUUUCAAAUCGGUCCAAUAGUUUUUGUGUUUAUUCGGUACACACUAAAAUAUUAAUCUUUCCUUUUUAUAAUAUUAGUGUAGAUAAAUACUUGUUUACUUUUAAGUUAAGUAAUACAUAUAUAGUAAUACAUACUAUAUGCGGGCUCCUGCGACUACCUGCGUGAAACCCUUCUAAUAAAAAUAACGUUAGCAUUUUGUUUAUGUCUCAUCUCUCCUAUGGGGCUAGGCAGCGUUUUCGAUGAAAUAUCACUGGCGGCUUUUUCCAUCAAUUGUAAGAAAUUUUGACUUUGGAUAGUUCUUUGAAUGUAAUUAGGGGUCCAAAUUAAAUGAAAAUAUGUGUACCUACUCGUAUCUAAUUUUGUUAUGGACUCUUUAUCAUUGAAAAUAAUUGGUUUCUAGGUUUAUAAAUAACGAACUGCCGUGCCCCCCUGAUAAAUGUUAUCAAUUGCUAGAAAUAUUGGUAUUUGUUCUUCCGAAGAAAUAUACA